CAGCUCUCUUUGCCUUGAGACGCCCACUCUCGUCUCCUGGGACUUCCUGCUGAGCGCCAGAGCCUGUUAAGGACUUCCUUCUGGUUGUAGAACCUUUCUGGGACUUCCUCCUCCUCCUCCGAGAUGAAGGCGCGGGUCUUGAGGCUUCUGGUGGCAGUUGGAGCUGUCCUGGUCUCUGCCGCGGGGGCGUCUGCGAUCGCUGGCCAUCACAGCCGCAAUGGAACCAGCCAUAAGGAGCCAAAGGACUCGCACAAGCAGCCAAAAUUAGUUCCUAACUGCGGGAAUAACCUGGUUAGCACUGGCGAUAUAACCUUACAGCCCGGAGAAAGCAUCAACAUUGCCUCUCCUAACUUCCCUGCUCCGUACGCGAGCAACUUGGAGAUGAUAUGGAGUAUCACGGUAUUAUCAUUUAUCACAGUUAUUGCAUAUCCUCUUGAAAUGAUCUGCUAG